AUGUUUCGCUUCGCCCUCGUUCCAAUCAUUUUUGUGUCCGUGUUCUGUGGACACGAGGCAGUAGGUGCUGCCGUAACCGGAACAGCAGUAAGGCUUGAUUGCUUGGCCGAGAUGAACGAGGUAAGGGCAGCUGCGGAACUCGCUGCGUUUGGGAACGCAACUACUACUGAACAAGUGAUGCCAGAACACACUGUUCAGGGAAAAGCAAAAACAGCUGAAGACUUGUGGAACGAAAUCUGCGAAGAAAUUGGCGACAGCGAAGGUACUGAAGCUCAUCAGUUAAGGGGAACAUUCGCGUAUUACCCGGACAGUAAAGACUGCAAGGCGGCAGUGCAGUACUGGAAGGACGGAUUUUCUCUCUUCAAAGACGAGCUGCCCCCAACGUAUACAGAGCCAGAUAACCCUGUGGUGUACACCGAAAAAGCUGUUUCCUUUGUCGCCCUCUAUAACCCUCAGGCGAGUCCUGUAGCCAGAUGCGCCUUAAUCACCUGCACACAAGGAGGCGCGUUUGCCGCCCGACGAAUGUUAAAAAGCCACGAAGGGCGGUCAACAAGAAGACUUCAAGGUGAAGAGGAUACUACAACAGCCGUUAUCUGCUUAACGAACCCGGUGGCGCUCUCGAAGGGACAACAGCCAUUCAAGGAAGAGGUGUGGCAGAAGAUUGUCCAAGCUCUAGUUGGUGCUGAGAAGAGCAACGGAGCUUCGUCAGGCAGGCCGUCAUUGGCAGUUGGGUUCUUAAUAAUGGUCUUUGCCUAUAUUCUUUUUUAA